UUUACACCACAUCUGCACUUCCGAUUUUCAGCUUGCGCAAAUUUUACAAAGCGAUUUUUUUUUCGAAUUAUCUUAUCCGUUUUAUUGAUAUUUUUUCUACGUACAAUUAAAUUAAUCUCAAGGCUACAACGCUUGUUUAUUUAUACGAAUAAUAGCCAAAUUAAGUGAAGUUUGAUCGCAAGGCUAUUGUCGACAAAGUCCACCAAGAACCUGAACACUACGCAGAGUUUAAAAUGUCCGAAAAACUGAUAAAAUUUGAGAUCGAUGGCGAACUGCUAGAAACGUUCUUCUUCUACUCGGCCAUCUUAAUUUUAAAAACCCUUCUCAUGGUCCCUUUGGUUGGAUUUUCGAGGAUCUAUUUUCGGGCUCCCGUAAAUGCUGAAGAUGCAAGAACAGUUAAUGGUCUGUUGUCGCUUACUAAAGGCAAAGCUGUUGAAGUCAAGCAACAUGAUUCUGUGGAAAGAAACAGAAGGGCACAUCUAAACGAUUUGGAGAAUAUCCCGUUCUUCAUCAUUGCUUCAUUUUUGUAUAUACUGCUCACGAAUCCUUCUGUAUUCUGGACCGUCUGGCUAAUCCGACUUUAUACGCUUUCCAGAAUAAUCUACAGUAUAGUUUAUACGCGGCUUAAAUCGUCCGUACGGAUUUUAGUGUACCAGUUUGGAUUUUUAAUUCUUUUCUACUUUACUGUUAGUGUACUAUUACACUUUGUUAAAUGAAAAUGAAGACAUUAGUAGAGUCAGGUUUUAGAGCGAGAUUAAAAGUGCUUAUAAAAGAAGAAAAGGCCUUU